AUGCCGCCGCGAAAGAAAGUAGCGGCAGCGGAAGCACCCAGUGUUAAUACGCCCAAGGCGAAACGUGCGAGAAAAGAGCCUCAGCCAGAGAUUGCCAAGACCGCUGUGAAGGCGAAAGCACAGUCCAAACAGGAGAAAGGCGCAGAACCAGAGAAUGUGCAUCUUGACGAGAGUAACAAAAAGAAAAAGACGGCAAAGGAUGCAUUGCCGGUGCCGACACCAGAGGAGAUGGAAAAGAACAAGAGAUUCUGGACUCCAUUCAAGUCGGAUGCUAGUAGUGGUGCUGCAAAAGCCACUCCAAGCACCAACACUGCAGUCGUGCUUCCCGAGACCAAGACCGAGAACACUGACAGUGACCCAGAGAAGAGAGACAUGCAUAAGGACGACAAGGCCACAACUGUGGGAGACACUGUGCUUGGAUCCUUCGUGGCACUAGGUUUGUUUGCAGACAGUGCCAUUACCAUUGGACGAUCGGACGAAGAGCAAGGCCUGAUGGAAGAACUCAGCCGAGUGCUUCAAUUACCUUCUGUUGCACCUACUGAAGAUGCCAUCGUGGCAGCAACCCUGAGCACUCCUGUUCCUGAACCGUCACCUGAUACUGUCAAGCCGAAAGAGCAACCUGAGUGUGAUGCUGGGGAAGCUGUUGCCUCUGCUGGCAAUGUGACGCUUCUGAGGGGUGCCAAGGUAUCCCUUGACAAUGUGGUGGUGGUUGUUAGUCAGACAGCAUCAUCACAGGCCCAAUUACCGCACGUGAUUGACACUAUCAUGGAGAAGUUUGAUGCUUCUGAAUCGAGCGUUUUGCUAUCUCAAGCAAAGCUCCAUCCACGAUUGGUGGAAUUCCUGAAAGAUAUGAUGGGGGAUGAUGAGUUCUCACCUUCGGAUUUUGCUUCGGCAGGUGAGACUGAGAUGGACGAACUCGUCAAUCUGAUACAGUGGUUGGCAGAUCGAGUUGUUGAUGAUCAACCAAGUGAGCCACAAGAACCAGCUGAUGCCAGCCGUGCCGUCCCUGAUGUUCCCAGUGACUCCACAAGCCAGCCUGCUGCCCCUGCCAGUCCACGUGAAGGCGAACCCUGGUUCUUCAUGAGAUCAUUCGCUCGCGCCCAACUACAGCGAUUGCGGGAUGUUCUUGGUGGUGAUCACAUGGAUGUGUCAGUGGCAAGUUUACCCCGGAGAAUCAGUGUGAUGACAGCCUGCAGCGGCAGUGGAAUCUUUGAGUUGGCGACCACUGCAGUAAAGGACGAGCUGAAUUGCGGGUUAUUGGAUGGCGAUCCGCCUUUCAAGGUUGAAACAAAGUAUGCAUGCGAGAUCAUUCAGAACAAGCAGAAGUUCUUGCGUGAGCACAUUUUCCCAGCAGUGGAGGAGGACACACAGUCCUGUUCUCGGGCAAAUCCAGACUUCAGCUCCCUGAAAACUGCCAUCUCAGAGGGGAAGGAUUGCAGCUCAACAUCAACAUUUCGGGGGGUGGGUGUGUCGCUGGAGAAAUCCAAACCUCACAUUGUCUUCUUGGAGAAUGUGGACACGAUUGAAACUGGAGCCACCGAUGAAAGUGAGAGCUACCGAUCAAAUCUUGAUGCUGUUCUGGACCAGUUGCGGGAAUUGGGAUAUGAAGCUUCUGCGACGAAGCUGACAUCGAGUCACUAUGGUUUGCCACAGCGACGAUGUCGCUACUACAUUGUCGCAGUGCGUGAUGUGUUUUCGGACCGACCCAGUGAAAUUGUCCGGAAGAUUCAAGAGACAAUUCCGAAGAUGAAGGUGCCUGUGCACCCUUCACCUGACGUGUUGCUUCUGCCCAAUGACCACCCCACAGUUCGCGCAGAGCUUGAACGACGUGCCAAGGCAAAGGCAGGAGCAAAGGGAUCAGAGAAAGCCUCUUGGAAGGACCAGCACACUUCUUUGGCUGAGCAGUACGGCGUGAAAUGGCCAUUGGACAUCCCACAGGAGUUGGAGAAUUCUGAAUGGUUUGGAAUUCUGCCAGAGCGUGAGAAAGAGAUUCCGUGCUUUGUCUAUCUGAUGAACUCGAGAGCCGACUCAAGCGGCCAAAUCGGGUUAGCCGAUAUUUCCCAGAGCGUGACAAGAAUUCCUACCUCCACGUUUGCUUCCAAGGUCGUUCCGACCAUAUUGCCGAGUGGGAAGAUUUGGUCAAUCAAGCACCGGAGGUUGCUGACUGGCGCUGAAGCACUUGCCUUCCAGGGGCUGAUGCUGACUGAUUUGCCCAAUGCUGGAGAGGUUACCCAUACAGAUUCGCAGCUGUAUGACAUCGCAGGCAAUGCGUUCACGAUGACUUGUGCAAUGACAACAUUGUUAACCACCUUGGCAUUUUGCCGUGUGGACACAGAGUCUGAAGAGGAAGAACUGGACGCCAUCAGCAGUGCGUUCCAGACAUGGCGUAAAGGGAUUGGUCAGACCUGACUGUAAAUUGUUUUUCUGACUAGCCGCUUCAUGGACACCUGUACAGAGGGUUGAAUUGGCCAGUGGCACUGGAUAAAGCCAAGCGCUCACAUGAGAGGGAAAAA